AGUGUGACCUGUUGUUUGAUCAGCACAUCAUAAGAUUCGAAAUAAAGAUUUAGUGUAACUUUUUUAACCGAGAAAUAAUUUUUGAAUAAGUAAAUUUUCGUAUCGAAUGCGCAGAUUUACCAGUGAUUUACAGGUAUACGCUGAAUUAAUGCAGAUAAUAUAAAGAAAUAUGGCUCCAAAUCAGCACGGUACGGUUGUCGAAGAUGAUGUAAACGUUGUGAAACGACCAAAGACAGAUUUUCUGCGAGAUUAUCCAAAUGCUGAUCCAUACGACACAAAACCAGGUGAAAAGCCGUAUAAAUUGGAAAUUGUCUGGCAAAAUGUGCUAUUGUUUGCUUACUUACAUUAUGUCUGUGUAGCUGCAAUUGCUUACUACCCCGUUAGUGGCUUGGUAAUCUUUUUCGGAUUCAUGUAUGGAUUCAUAAGUUCCUAUGGAAUUUCGGCUGGUGCUCACCGGUAUUGGGCACAUAAAUGCUACAAAGUUAAACGUCCAUUGUACUACAUUUUAUUGUUUUUACAAACAACUGCCCUUCAAAAUUGCGUCAUUGAAUGGGUCCGUGACCACAGAGUCCAUCAUAAAUAUUCUGACACAAACGCUGAUCCACAUAAUGCCAGCCGGGGUUUCUUCUUUUCACACAUGGGUUGGUUAAUGUGUAAGAAACAUCCUGAUGUCGUGAAAUAUGGCAAACGUAUCGACAUGACUGAUCUAACAUCCGAUCCUGUGCUUCAGUUCCAGAAAAAGUAUUACGUACCGCUGGUGUUGUUCUGUACAUUUGCCUUACCCAUUACACUAACCAUGCACAUUUUUGGCACACCUUUCUGGACCGCAUUUCAUUGGCACGUUUUUCGUUAUGUGGUGUCGUUGCACAUUACUUGGAGCAUCAAUUCUGUGAGUCACAUAUGGGGCAGCAAGCCGUUCGAAAAAGAUAUUAAGCCUACCGACACAUUUGCUAUCGGAUUUAUGGCCUUUGGUGAAGGCUGGCACAAUUACCAUCAUGUCUAUCCAUUCGAUUAUAAAGUUUCUGAACUUCCGCACUACUGGUGCAAUUUUACCAUUCCAUUCAUUGAUUUUUUCGCAUGGAUUGGUUGGGCCUACGAUCUAAAAACCGUAUCCGACGACAUGAUAAGACGACGCGUUUUACGUACCGGUGACGGCAGUCAUAGAUACUCGAAAGAAGCGGCUAAGCACAAAACGACAAACGAAUUACUGGCAUCUUACAAUAACAACAAUGUUGAUAGUGAAGAAGAUGCAGAACGGCUCAGACAGAAUGUUGCCCGGAUUAGAGAUCACUAUUGGGGUUGGGGCGACAAUGACAUGCUAGAGGAAGAUAUAAACGAUAUCAGAACAGUGAAUCCGAAAACUUGCGACUAAAUGUUACGUGUGGUUGUGUUGCAAUGGUAUACAUAUAAUUUUUUCUAUUCUUUUCUGAUUCAAAAGGUCACACGGGUUAUGUGUAAUGAUUUAGAAGAAAAUAAUAAUAAAAAAAAAUCUUC